AUGAGUUAUCAUAAGGAAUUCAUUAAGAACGGUGAGCGAUUAAAUGGGAGAAAACUCUCAGAAUUAAGAGUCCCUGAAGUAGAUAUAGGACAAAAUGGAGAAUUAACUAUUUCUGCUGGUGAUACUAAAAUCUUCAUCAAAAUAUCCAGUGAAAUUUCAAAACCUUAUGAUGAUAAACCUAAUGAAGGAAUCUUAAUCAUAAAUAAUGAUAUUGAUAAUGAUAUUUUAUCAAGGAUAGUUGAAAAAUCAAUAAGGAAGAGUAAUGCUUUAGAUUUGGAGAGUCUUGUGAUUUCCACUGGGAAAAUCUGUUGGAUUAUCAAGAUUGAUUUGAAUAUUCUUAAUUUCGAUGGGAACUUGAUAGAUUAUUGUAUUUUAGGUAUAAUGAUUAAUUUAUUACUUUAUAAGUUACCUAACUAUGAUAUAGUUGAUAAUUCUAUCAAAUUAUAUAACUUAGAUGAGAAAGCACCAAUAAGUUUGAGUAUAUUACAUAUACCUAUUUGUUUUACUAUAUCAUUUUAUAACCCAUCAACCAUUGAAAUGAACUUAAAGAGUGAUGAAGUAUUUGAAAUAUCACUCUUUGAUGCCGAUAAACAAGAAGAAGAUUUAAGAGACAGUUACAUGGUGAUAACUUUAAAUUCCAACAAGGAAAUCAUACAAUUAAGUAAAUUAGGAGGUAUACCUAUAAAUUCUGUAGAAGUAUUGAAAUUAUGUGAAAUUUGUUAUGAUAAAGCCAAAGAAAUGACACAAUGGAUCAAAGAUGUGGUUAAAAAAGAAGAAGAAAAGACUUCUGAUAGAGUUAAAAUGUUAGCUGCCGUUGACCAAAGAUAG